GGCGUGCGGAGGCCUGACCCCACCCGGCCCGGCUCCGGCCUCCCUGCGCGGACUUCCUGCCUGGGCGCGGGCGGAGGCCCACCCCCUUCCUGCCCGUGCCGCGGGCUCUGUCGGCUAGCGGGACCCGUCGGUGCACGCGCCGCGCCGAGCUCCGAGCUCCGAACUCCGAGCUCCGAGGCAGAUGCGUCCUUUCGGCUGCUGGCUGCGCUGUUCAGUCGCUGUGUGCCCCGCUGUGGGUGUCUGCAAUGCCGCCUCUUCUGCGGCCCCUCCUUCUCCUGGCCCUCGGCCUGGGUCUGGCCAGAACGCUCAGCUCCAACGACCCCAAUGUCUGCACCUUUUGGGAAAGCUUCACCACCACCACGAAGGAGUCCCACUUACGCCCCUUCAGCCUGCUGCCAGCCGAGUCCUGUGACAGGCCCUGGGAGGACCCCCACAGCUGUCCUCGGCCCACGGUUGUCUACCGGACUGUGUACCGUCAGGUGGUUAAGACGGACUCCCGCCCACGUCUGCAGUGCUGUGGGGGUUACUAUGAGAGCAGCGGGGCCUGUGUCCCACUCUGUGCCCAGGAGUGUGUCCAUGGUCGUUGUGUGGCUCCUAAUCGGUGCCAGUGUGCACCAGGCUGGCGGGGUGAGGACUGUUCCAGCGAGUGUGCCCCAGGAGUGUGGGGGCCGAGGUGUGACAAGCUCUGCCACUGUGGCAACAGCAGUUCCUGUGACCCCAAGAGUGGGGAGUGCUUUUGCCCCGCUGGCCUGCAGCCCCCUAACUGCUUCCAGCCCUGCCCUCCUGGCCACUAUGGUCCUGCCUGCCAGUUUGGUUGUCAUUGCUAUGGGGCAUCCUGUGACCCCCAGAAUGGAGCCUGCUUCUGUCCCCCUGGGAGAACAGGACCCAGCUGUAAUGUGCCCUGUUCACAGGGCACUGCUGGCUUCUUCUGCCCCAGAACCUAUCCUUGCCAAAACGGAGGUGUCUUCCAGGUCCCCCAAGGCUCCUGCAGCUGCCCUCCAGGCUGGAUGGGUGUCAUCUGUUCCCUGCCCUGCCCGGAGGGUUUCUAUGGACCCAACUGUACUCAGGAAUGUCUCUGCCACAACGGUGGUCUCUGUGACCGGUUCACUGGGCAGUGCCACUGCGCUCCUGGCUAUAUCGGGGAUCGGUGCCAUGAAGAGUGCCCCGUGGGCCGCUUCGGGCAAGACUGUGCUGAGACCUGCGACUGCGCCCCUGGUGCCCGUUGUUUUCCUGCCAAUGGCGCGUGUCUGUGUGAACAUGGCUUCACAGGCGACCGCUGCACUGAACGCCUCUGUCCAGACGGCCUCUACGGUCUCAGCUGCCAGGAGCCCUGCACCUGCGAUCUAGAACAUAGUCUCAGCUGCCACCCUAUGCACGGCGAGUGCGCCUGCCAGCCGGGCUGGGCGGGCCUGCACUGCAACGAGAGCUGCCCACAGGACACGCACGGGCCGGGCUGCCAGGAGCACUGCCUGUGUCUGCACGGUGGCGUCUGCCUUGCCGACAGCGGCCUCUGCCGGUGCGCACCCGGCUACACGGGACCUCACUGCGCUAACCUCUGUCCACCCGACACUUUCGGGAUCAACUGCUCCUCCCGCUGCUCCUGCGAAAAUGCCAUCGCCUGCUCCCCCAUCGACGGCACGUGCGUUUGCAAGGAAGGUUGGCAGCGUGGUAACUGCUCUGUGCCCUGUCCCCCUGGCACCUGGGGCUUCAGUUGCAAUGCCAGUUGCCAGUGUGCCCACGAGGGAGCCUGCAGUCCCCAAUCUGGAGCCUGUACUUGCACCCCUGGGUGGCAUGGAGCUCACUGCCAGCUUCCCUGCCCGAAGGGGCAGUUUGGUGAAGGUUGCGCCAGUGUCUGUGACUGUGACCACUCUGACGGCUGUGACCCAGUUCAUGGACACUGCCGAUGUCAGGCUGGCUGGAUGGGCUCACGCUGCCACCUGCCUUGCCCCGAGGGCUUUUGGGGAGCCAACUGCAGCCAUACUUGCACCUGCAAAAAUGGGGGUACUUGUGUACCCGAGAACGGGAACUGUGUGUGCGCACCAGGGUUCCGAGGCCCAUCUUGCCAGAGGCCCUGCCAGCCUGGUCGCUACGGCAAACGCUGCGUGCCCUGUAAGUGCAACAACCAUUCCUCCUGCCACCCUUCGGACGGGACCUGCUACUGUCUGGCAGGCUGGACAGGCCCCGACUGCUCUGAAUCGUGUCCCCCAGGCCGCUGGGGACUCAAAUGCUCCCAAGCCUGCCAGUGUCGUCAUGGCGGAACCUGCCACCCCCAGGAUGGGAGCUGUGCCUGCACCCCAGGCUGGACUGGACCCUACUGCUUGGAAGGCUGCCCGCCAGGAAUGUUUGGCGUCAACUGCUCCCAGCUGUGUCCGUGUGGUCCUGGAGAGAGGUGCCACCCAGAGACUGGGGCCUGUGUCUGUCCCCCAGGACACAGUGGUGCACCCUGCAAGAUAGGGAGCCAGGAGUCCUCCACCGUAAUGCCCACCUCUCCUGUGACCCAUAGCUCACUGGGUGCAGUGAUUGGCAUUGCAGUACUGGGCACCCUUGUGGUGGCCCUGGUAGCGCUGUUCAUUGGCUACCGCCAUUGGCAAAAGGGCAAAGGGCGCGAGCACUUGGCAGUGGCUUACAGCUCUGGGCGGCUGGAUGGCUCCGAUUACGUCAUGCCAGAUGUCCCCCCGAACUAUAGUCACUACUACUCCAACCCUAGCUACCACACUCUGUCCCAGUGCUCUCCCAACCCCCCGCCCCCUAACAAGGGUCCAGGCGGUCAGCUCUUUGUCGGCUCCCAGGCACCUGAGCGGCCAGGCAGAGCCCAUGGGCGUGAUAACCAUGCUACUCUGCCCGCUGACUGGAAGCACAGACGAGAGCCCCAUGACAGAGGCUCCAGCCACCUGGACCGAAGCCAUAGUUGUAGUCACAGGAAUGGCCCAGGACCAUUCUGUCAUAAAGGUCCCACCUCUGAAGAGGGGCUGGGGGCAAGCGUUAUGUCCCUGAGCACCGAGAACCCCUAUGCUACCAUCAGAGAUCUGCCGGGCCUGCCUGGGGAUCCUCGAGAAAGCAGCUAUGUGGAGAUGAAGGGCCCUCCAUCAGUGUCUCCUCCCAGGCAGCCUUUUCAUCUCCGGGACAGCCAGCGGCACCAACGGCAGCCACAGAGAGACAGUGGCACCUAUGAGCAGCCCAGCCCCUUGAGCCAUAAUCAAGAGUCUGUGGGCUCUAUGCCCCCUCUUCCUCCAGGCCUGCCUCCUGGCCACUAUGACUCACCCAAGAACAGCCACAUCCCUGGACACUAUGACUUGCCUCCGGUACGGCAUCCUCCAUCACCUCCACCUCGGCGCCAGGACCGCUGAGGAGUCAGCAUGGUAUGGGAUAGUGCCCGUAGACCCUGCCGGGAGCAGGGACUGGACCAGCAGGCCGUGAACAAGCACAUUUGAUGAAGUGAACGGAGAGACGCUUCCACCAAGGGAGACACCAGUUGACAAACUGUCCAACUCCUUUUCUCCAGCUCACUGUUCGAGUCCCCGAGGCUCUGUGGACAUAGUUGCUGGGCUGAAUGUUGUUGUAUAUAAGUCUGGUUUUAGAUGGAUUCUAAAAGUAUGUGUUGGGUACUUAUAUACUUUUCUGUGUAUAUACCCAGGCGGGGCUGUGUGUGUGUGUCUAGUUGGCUUCAGAGGGUGCCAGGCACAGGUUCUGCCUUGCACACUUCCCAGGCAGCCAGCCUCCAAGCUUAACCAGCUCCAACAGCAGGCCCGUACUACCUGCCACCCUUCACUUGGUAAUCCUCCAUGUUUCUGCUCAGAGGGUUGCUCCCUGCCUGUGUGCCAUCCUCCUGGUACUCCUUGGGCUACACACAGUCAAGUUUCCCAGGCCUCAGUGGCCCUGCAGUCUACCUCUUCUGUCCAGUUCUCCUCUUUUCUGGAGAGAAGGUUAUCUGCCAUCCUUCUUCCUCCCCCAGGGACUGGCACAUCUGAGUUCAGCCUUCCUGGGUUACCUGUUGACUCCUGCUUGUCCUUCAUGAACCCCACAGAGUCCCUACCCCACCCCACGGCUCUUCUUUUGUAGCUACUGUUUCUUCUCCGCGCACCUGCAGAAGGCAGGGGUGGUGCCAGGCAGGACUCGGAUUUGUUUUAUUGGUUUGUUUUUGAGACAUUGUCUCACUACGUAGCCCACU